AACGACUUUCCUCGGUUCCGCCCUUUCGUCCAAGAGAAAGCCGUUUACGUUUGGUCCGAAGAGAACUGAAUCCCCCCCUUUCAGCUUUCUGCACUCAUUCACCGAAUACAAAACACUUUCCGGCGACCUUUUUUCACAGACGCAUCGCAAGGGCACACACGCAUAUCUCCGAGCCUCCAAAGGGUUGCAUCUAUAUACUCUUAUCACAGAUAUCGAAGAUCUCUGAUUCCAGGCUUUAUGAACUUUGAUGCAGUAAUAUGAUAAUUUGGUAAGGAAUUAGGUUUUGAAACAUUGGGAAUUAUAGAGGCUUUUUAGGGUUUCAAAAAGGAAGCUAUGAAAAGCCGGUCGCACCGUCUUCCGACCUCGGACCCUCCUGAUGACUGGGUGGAUGAAUCUUGGACUGUGGAUUGUGUAUGCGGUGUGAAUUUUGACGAUGGGGAGGAGAUGGUGAACUGCGACGAGUGCGGCGUUUGGGUGCAUACACGGUGCUCGCGCUACGUCAAGGGCGAGAAAUUGUUCGCCUGCGAUAAGUGCAAGGCCAAGAACAGUAGGAAUGAUAGCGAGGAGACCGAGGUUGCUCAAUUGUUGGUUGAGCUACCCACUAAAACAUUGAGGAUGGACAAUCCACAUCCGUGGAAUGGUCCACCUCGCCGUCCAUUUAGGCUUUGGACUGAUAUACCCAUUGAGGAAAGAGUGCAUGUCCAAGGCAUUCCUGGUGGCGAUCCUGCGCUCUUUGGCGGGUUGUCAUCGGUUUUCACUCCGGAGCUGUGGAAGUGUACUGGGUAUGUGCCGAAAAAGUUCAAUUUUCAAUACACGGAGUUUCCUUGCUGGGAUAAGAAGCAGGAGAUUGAUGCAAAUAUUAAGGAAGAAAAUGAGCAUCCUGUUGACAAAGGUGAGAAUAUCUUGGCUACCCCUGUUGCAGCUUUGGUUGGCAUGAAAAGACAAGUUGACGAGGGUGGCCGUGACAGGUUGCCAUCUUCAAAAAAUAUGAAGAAAUGGGAGAACGAGGGUUUAGAUGUUAGGCGCCCACAGCUUGGCAUGAGGAAAGAGAGGAGCUUACUUCAUCCUUUUGUGAUACACUCGGGUAAACGCGAAAAGGAGGACUUGUGCACAUCCAAGGAUCGAAGUGGAAAGAAGAAGGCCAGGAUUAUUGAUAAAGAUGAAGAGUCUAAAAGGAGGUCUAAACAUGCUUUCAGAAAAGCAUCCACACACUCAAGUGAUGCAAAACCAUUGGAAUUUUAUGAAGACAGAGGUGCUAAGGUUCUCAAGACUGAUACUCAGAAUACCAAAAAGGAAAAUUCGGUAGGCACGAUGCUUGAAGGUCCUUUAUCCGAUGGUUGUUAUGCAUUGAACAAUGAUGUUAACAAGCCCACGAACAACCUAGCGUUUGGUGAGAAUCCUUCAGAAGUCUUUUCUUCUGAUGUAUCUAGACAUAAAUUUUCAACUAGAACUCGAUCAAAGGAAGACAAGGCUGGCCAACAGUUUUCUGCAGUGAUUGUUGGUUCUCCUAAAACAGAUGAUGAAGUGGUGUCAUUGUCAGAACGCACUGACCACAGGAGUGUUCCCAUAAAAGAAGAGGUUGUUGGUGCAGCUCUUGAUAAUGUGAAUGGUAAUGGAGAAGGUUCUUGUAGAGGUGCUGGGAUUGACACUCACAAGUCCGAGUCCGUUGUCAGAGAUCUGACUAAUGCUGUGCCUGAAGUUGAGGAGAAUAAAAAAUUACAAGAUUCAAAGGCCGACAUAUCAUCGAGCUCUUUACAACUUACUGUUGAUGUCAAAACAGAAGUAUAUGUAGAUAAAUCUGGAGGGGUCUUUGAUGUUGGAUUUUCUCCUCUUACUGAUGUAAUGGAUGGCACAAAUCCUUUGGUCCAACAUCCAGGGGUGUCUGCUGAUCACUUGUCUGAAAAUGGUAAAGUGAUUGAUACUGCUGUAUCCAGUUCACAGUCCGAUGAACAUAAAGUGCAAGAUGUUGAGAGAUGUGCAGAAGCAGUCAGUGAUUGUCAAACUGAUAAAGCUGAUGAACUGUCUGGUCGUCUCUGUCAACUUAGGCGACAGUUGGAAGACUCGGAAGAUUCCAUGUUAGUGCCAAAAAGUUCUUCAGCACUUAAAAAUGGUUCGAGACCUGCUGAAGAGCCAUCAAAAUCAGGUGGCUCCAUGUUAAGCCUUCCAGCACCACCCAGUCAGUGUAAAGUAAUAUUAUCUGUUGGAAAAUCCUCAUCAACUUCAUCGACUACUAUGAUCUCCAAACCUUCUGUUUCUGAUAAACAUAGGCCUGCAAAUGCUCCAAAUCAUAAUAUUAUCAUUAAACAGCGGGGAAUAUCUGACAGCGGCAAUGUUAGUAAUAAGAAAGAUAAUGUCUCAACUGAUAUAGUCAGGGAUGAAGAUGGGCGUGAAAUUCCAAAGAAAAUACCAAAAGAACAUCCAAAAUCCUCUGUCAGUUCUGUGGUGAAAGCAUCACACUCACCCAAGAUCUCGCAUGCUUCUGUUUUCAAGAGAACCUCAUCAGAGUCAAAACACCCUCUACCGUAUUCUUCUAAAGCAUCUUCUGCACAGAAUAUUGUAGUUCCUUCAGGCUCUGGUGACACUGCCAGUUCAUUGCAAACUCAGAGUGCUUUACAUGGACAAAAUAAGUUUACAGCUUCUGGUUUGCCUCAGAGAGGUGAAAAGGCUAAUCAGCUAAGUAGCCAGCCAUCAUCUAAGUUGAACAAUGCACCACCAAUGCACCCUCCUGCUCCUUCCAGCUCUGCUGCUGCACUGAGCGAUGAGGAGCUUGCUUUAUUGUUGCAUCAAGAACUCAACAGCUCUCCUAGAGUUCCCCGUGUGCCACGUAUGCGCCACGCUGGUAGCUUACCUCAGUUGGCUUCUCCAACUGCUACAAGUACACUAAUGAAGCGAACAUCUAGUUCUGGAGCAAAAGAUCACAAUUUGGUUUUUAAAAGAAAAAACAAGGAUUUAGGUAAAGAUGGGUCUCGCAGUUCUCAAGAAAUUAAUGGUGAAUCUAAGAGGAUAGACAGAGUGCCUCCAUCUGAUCAGAAGAGACAUGAUUAUGUAUCUACACCAGAUACUUUUACCAAGAGGGAAGUAGACAAUGGGUCUGCAAAAGGAGUAAAAAUUGUCAAGAAAAGUACUCGUCCUUCCUCUACUGCGAUUAUGAGCAGUGGUCAAUCUUCCUCCACUGAAGCUAACGAACAAAAUUUGUCAUCCAUGCAUAACUCACCACAAAACGGCUCAGAUGAUGAUACGGGCGCAGUUGGGGGUCCUACGCAUCACACUUUACCAGGCUUAAUUGCUGAGAUUAUGAGCAAAGGCAAGAGGAUGACAUAUGAAGAACUCUGCGGUGCAGUGCUGCCGCACUGGCCUAACCUGCGGAAGCAUAAUGGAGAGCGCUAUGCAUAUUCAAGUCCUUCACAGGCUGUUCUUGAUUGCCUGAGGAACCGACAUGAAUGGGCUCGGCUGGUAGAUCGUGGUCCCAAGACCAAUGCUAGUAGGAAGAGACGCAAGCUUGAUGCUGAACCCUCCAGUUUUGAAUCAGAGGAUAAUGAAUACGGAAAGGACAGAACUGCCAAGGAGGUUGAAAGUAAGAGUUUUGAAUCACAUCCAGAAGAGUUCCCCAAGGGCAAGCGCAAAGCAAGAAAACGCAGGCGACUGGCGCUGCAAGAAAGAGGUAUAAAGGAUGUGAGGAGGAGACGCAAGGUGGAUGUGGUUAGUGAUGAUGAUGAUGACGAUGAUGAUGAUGAUGGUUCAUUUUCUAGUUCUAGUGAGGAGAGUGUGUUUAGUGAGGACGAGAUAUUGGGAGGAGGAUCAAGUCCAGCUGGUAGUGAGGCUGCUAGCUCAGAUGAGACAGGAACCAUGUUGUAGUGCUUGUUAUUUCAGGUUUUCGGUUUAUGGUCUUGGAAGAGGCUUGUCUGUAAAAUAGUCAAACAGGUAACCCCUCAUAUCAGCAUUUCAGUUUAGUCUUCUUUUAGUAGCUUUCUUUAGAUUAACUCAUAGUGCUCUGUAGUACGGCAAGAGCCUGGUUUGAUAGUGAUUCGACUUUUGAUGUAAAAAUGUAGCAUGCUGUACAUAGUGAUUGUUUAUGUCUGAAAAAGAAAAACACACAGUGCCAGAAACUCCAUUUUUGGGUUAUGUGUUGCCCAUUGUAACAGUCUGAAACUAACAGCAUCAAGGAUGGUUUGCUGGGCUAUCAGGGAUGCUUAACUAGAUAACCUCUCUUUCAAAAAAAUUUGUGUACGGAUUACUCAGCUGGAUGGUUGGUCCCUAAGAUAUUAUCUUACAUUCGGAAA